AUGGCAAAAAAAGACUACGAGUACCAGACCCUGCCAACCGGUCAAUACAUCCGUUUGCUCUACCUUAAGAAAGCCUCCGAUAAGGCUCCUCUCCAGGCGCACCUCACCACUCACUGCCUUAGAAAGGAGCUAAAAAUUCGACCAAACUUGUCUAGUGCACUCUGGAGACUUCGAAAGCGCGGGAUACUGAGAGUGUGGGCUGAUGCUGUGUGCAUCAACCAGGACGACGAUAAAGAGCGUACCAACCAAGUCAAGAUGAUGGUUAAAAUCUAUGAGUCGGCUACACGAGUUGCAGUACAUCUGGGCGAGUUUGAACACUAUUUCGUUGAAGAGAUAGGCUCCCUGUUCGAUGCACUCAGCAUGUUCUGUUAUCGUGCUAGGAAAGGAGAGAUGCCAAAAACACUGGACCCUAGGGAAUACGUACUUUAUGGCCUGCCCGACAUUCUAGAUCCUAAGUGGAAAUACUUCUCAGGAGGAGUAGCGCUUGUUGGCACGAAGAUCGUUGUACAAAAUCUAUACUGGCACCGUGCUCAUCUGAUGAAUUUGUUGCAAUUCACAGAACAUGACGCGGCAACAGAUCUCCGAGACCACCUCUUUGCACUUGUUGGCAUUUCGAAAGAGUCAAAUGUGCUAGAGCUUCAACCGGAUUAUCAAAGGACAUUUCCUCAAACUUGCUUGCGUGUAGCAACAUAUAUGAUCUCGAAUGGAUUCGGACCCGACAUUUUGCGCUGCGUGGCAAGACAGCACGCAGGUCUUCCAUCUUGGGUUCCCGAUUGGAGCUAUCGUAGACAUUUGCUUCCGCACAAGCCACGUGCUAUGUCAGGUUCCCAACAGGUCUACUGUACGGCCAAAAAGUCAGAGCAAAUGUUCAAAUUAGACGAGGAUCGAGCACUAGUCGUAAAUGGUAGGCUUUUUGACAGAAUCGAGCGGAUUGGCAAUCCUGAGCUCGCACUCAAGGCUGAGCUUGGCUACCACUUCAAAUACCCUAGCGGCGAGUCGAAGGCCGAAGUUCUCUACAGACUCGGCAUUUGUGAUCAGUGGGACGAAUCAGCAAACGCCCUAACAGACCUGCUGGAACACUUGAGACACUGGGUUGAUGCAGAGCGCGAAAGGAUCACGCCUCUUGCGGAAAGAGAUGAAAGAAAACAUUGCGAAAAUGUGAUGCUGGUUGCCGAAACGCUAGGCCCGCCCUUGAACGCCGAAGCACCAUUGUACGAACAUUACGUGGUGCAGGCAUUCAGCCUAUUCGCGGCAGGAAGUCGAGGCCGUACUGACAAAGGCUACAUUUGCCAUGUGCCUUACCAGGCAGAAAUCGGUGACAUAAUUUCUGUUAUUGCAGGAUGCGAUGUACCUUACCUGCUUCGACCUCAUAUUAAGAAAGGGAUGUAUACUUUGGUUGGUGCCUGCUAUGUGCAUGGUAUUAUGUACGGGGAGCAGUGGAGCGGAAACUCAAGUCGUACGAAGAUACAUAUCAUCUAG